UCUGUAUAGUAGUCUGUGCACUGGGGCACUCCUAGCCGUCUACGCUCAAGCCCGGUAAUUGCAAUCAGCCCCGGGAAACCAUGGCCGAACAGGCCUCGGGAUCGUCCCGGUCGUCUCAGGAUGACGCGGUCCUUCAGCAGCGCGUGGCGGAGCUGGAGCAGGAGAAGGCCGACUUCCUGAAGCUGAAGCAGCAGCUGGAGACGGAGUUCAACCAGAAGAGGGCCAAGUUCAAGGAGCUCUACCUCUCCAAAGAAGAGGAGCUGAAGCGCCAGGCGACAUCUCUGGAGGCGUCCCAGGCAGAGAUGGUGCAGGUGCAGGCCCAGCUGGCCGAGGCGCGAGCAGAGAUGGAGAACAUCAAGGAGGUGGCCACGGUGUCUGAGAGCACCAAGCAGGAGGCCAUCGACCAGGUCCGGCAGCAGUGGCAGGAGGAGGUGGCAUCCCUGCAGGCCAUCAUGAAAGACACGGUGCGGGAGUACGAGGUGGGCUUCCACCAGCGCCUGGAGCAGGAGCGCGCCCAGUGGGCACAGUACCGCGAGACGGCCGAGCGCGAGAUGGCGGAGCUGCGGCGGCGGCUCUCUGAGGGCCUGGAGGAGGAGAACCUGCAGAACGACAUGAAGAAGGCCCAGGAGGACGCGGACAAGCUGCGCUCUGUCGUCAUGCCGAUGGAGCAGGAGAUUGCGGCCCUGAAGGCCAAGCUGGCCUCCUCCGAGGAGCGCGUCAAGGAGCUGGAGGCCUCCAAGGUUAAGGAGUUGAAUCACGUGCUGGAGGCAGAGAAGUCAUGCCGCACGGACCUGGAGAUGUACGUGGCGGUGCUCAACACCCAGAAGACCGUGCUCCAGGAGGAUGCAGAGAAGAUGAGGAAAGAGCUUCAUGAAGUGUGUCACCUGUUGGAGAUGGAGCGUCAGCAGCAUAACCAGUUGAAGCACACCUGGCAGCGUGCCAACGACCAGUUCCUGGAGUCUCAGCGGCUGCUGAUGAGGGACAUGCAGCGCAUCGAGAGCGUGCUGACCUCCGAACAGCUGCGGCAGGUGGAGGAGGUGAAGAAGAGGGACCAGGAGGAGGAUGAGAAGGAGCGGAUUAGUCAGGCUACUGAAGUCAAUGAGGACGACGGGGCGGAGCACGCGGAGGCUGCCGAAGACUCCCUCAUGGGCCUGUCCAUAGAUGAGGGCCACCCCAACCACAGCAUGCACAGCUCGCUGCACUCCCUGGACGCUGACACCCCCGGGGGCCGCCCCGACGGCUCGGGCUCCAACUCGGACCUCUACAAGGACGGCAUGCGGCGGGUGCAGUCCACUGACAGCCUGGGCUCCGGCGGCAGUGCUCUACAGGUCCACUCCCUGGCCAACCACAAGGCCAAGUCGGCCAGCCAGCUGGACGAGUCGGACUUCGGGCCGCUGGUGGGCGCUGACUCCUCGUCGACGGGCGGCUUCGAGGCCUUCGAGACGGCGUCGGUCAGCUCUCUGCAGGUGCAGCAGCUGAGCGCCGGCCACUUCCUGCUGACCAAGGACCAGGAGAAGGCCAUCAAGGCCAUGACGCCCGAGCAGGAGGAGACGGCCUCCAUUCUGUCCAGCAUCUCGCACGCCCCCGACACCGCCUACCUGCCCCCCUCCGGACACCGCCUCGUCAGCGAGAGCGAGUGGAACCUCCUGCAUCAGGAGCUGAAGAAUGCGGGGAGGAAGCUGGGUCGUCGGUGUGACAUGUGCUCCAACUAUGAGAAGCAGCUGCAGGUCAUCCAGGGCCAGGAAGCCGAGACGCGUGACCAGGUGAAGAAACUGCAGAGUAUGCUGCGGCAAGCCAACGAUCAUCUGGAGCGGACGAUGGGCGAGAAACAGGAACUGGAAGACGCCAUGAAGCAGGGCAACGAGGAGACGACCGUCAAGGUGUCUGGUCUGAACCAGAAGGUGUUGGAGUGUGAGGAGCUGCUGGGCAGCCUACAGCAGGCCUUCGGCCAGGCCAAGAGGACCACGCAGGAGCAGAUGGCGGUGCUGAUGCAGUCUCGAGAGCAGGUGGCAGACGAGCUGAGCAGACUGCAGAGAGACAACGAGAGCCUGCAGGGGAAACACAGACUACACCAGGCCCUGCAGAACCAGGAGAACUUCCAGCUACCCAGCACUACUGAGGAGCUCCAGUCCCUAGUCCUGCAGUACCGCGAGGACAUGGUGUGUGUGCGCACGGCGGCGGAGCACCUGGAGGAGAAGCUGAAGGCGGAGAUCCUGUUCCUGAAGGAGCAGAUCCAGGCGGAGCAGUGCCUCAAGGAGAACCUGGAGGACACCCUGCAGCUGGAGAUCGAGGGCUGCAAAGAGGAGAUCGCCUCCUUCUCGAGCCUAAAGACGGAGCUGGAACGGGUGAAAGCGGAAAAGGAGCAGCUGGAGCGCAGCCUGGCAGAGAAGACUCAGGCACUGGAGAGCGUUCAGGGCCUCAAGAACAGCCUGGAGGAGCAGCUAAAGGAUGCACUCACCAGCAAAACGGCGCUGGAGAGCCAGGCGCUGGAUGAGAAGGACAAGGCCCAGCGGCUGCAGACGGAGCUGGACGUCAGCGAGCAGGUGCAGAGGGACUUUGUCAAGCUCUCACAGACCCUACAGGUGCAGCUGGAGCGUAUUCGGCAAGCGGACUCACUGGACCGCAUCAAGGCCAUCCUGAACGACACCAACCUCACAGACAUCAGCCAGCUCCCAGAGACAUGAUUACCACCCCCUCCCUUAUACACACACUCUUAAUACUACCCACCUAAUGCCCAUCUACCAACCCCUCGCCUCGCCGCCACCCUCACCCCUCCGCUGAAAGACCUCCCUCCUGCCACUAUGUCCACACCAGACGACGGUCUCUUUGGCAGGUGAAGGUGUGAUGUUGCAACCACCAUCUUACAACAACCCUUACCAACUUACUUUUUUUUUUUAACAAGAUACAAAACGGAAACCUAAAAUAAUGACACACGUGAACAAAAACACUAUCCUCAGUGAACAACCUAUUGUGAGAGAGAUGGAUGGACAAG